CCACGGUAGCCGGUCUGUAACCAUGUGACGAAAGCGCGUCCAGCUGCGCUGCUCGGUGGUUUGACAGUGCGCCCCGUUUCUCCGUGUCUUGCUCUCGCCAUGGCAGACGGCGAGCGCUCACCGUUACUUUCAGACCUCGGCGAUGGGACUGCUGGCGGCGGAAUCGGCGGCGUUUCUCCUGGACCGAGUCCGUUUUCGCAACCCAACAAACCGCAGAGUUUCCCGCCGUUUCCAAGCCCGUCUCAGCCCUCUGUGCUUUUGGGAGAGGAUCCUCCACCCUACUCACCCCUGACAUCACCUGAGAGUGGCAGUGCCCCUGUGAUCAGCUGCCGUGUGUGUCAGUCUCUUAUCAGUGUUGAGGGCAAGAUCCACCAGCACGUGGUCAAGUGUGGUGUGUGCAAUGAAGCAACUCCCAUAAAGAAUGCUCCAGCUGGGAAGAAGUAUGUGCGCUGUCCCUGUAACUGUCUGCUCAUCUGCAAGGUCACAUCUCAGCGCAUCGCAUGUCCACGCCCUUACUGUAAGAGGAUCAUUAAUUUGGGGCCUGUACACCCUGGGCCAGCUAGUCCAGACCCACAGCCUAGCGGGGCCCGAGUGUCAUGCGGUCACUGUAGCAACACCUUCUUGUGGACAGAGUUUACUGACAGGACCCUGGCCCGAUGUCCCCACUGCAGAAAAGUUUCUUCAAUUGGCCAGACAUACCCAAGGAGGCGGAGUCUCUGGUGUUUCCUCCUCUGCUUGUUGUUCAGCAUCUCGGCUGCUGGACUUAUUGGGGGGACAUGGUCUAAGGCACAAGUGUAUGGAGGGAUAUAUGCUGCUUGGGUGGCCAUGCUGCUACUGGUUGUGGUGACUUUGGCCAGAGCACUCUACUGGACCUGCCUACGGGUCAGCCAACCUCUGCAGAAUUUCACAUAGAAAGAGAGUGGGGGGUGGGGGGUGGUCUGGGUGGCACUUGGGUGGUGGAAGGAAUGGUAGCAGGGUAGAAAUUGGGCAACGGAGUCAGACUGGUGGUAAAUAGUCUAAGAAAAAUGCUGAUGAAUACAGUAAGGAUGAAAUAUGAAGCAUUAAGCCAUGUAAAAUAAUGAGAAAGAUAAUAGAAUAGUCUGCUGAGUCUGAUGGUUGACUGGAUUGAAGGAUUGGGCUGAAAAUAGUUAUUUGUUUUAAGUAAAUAUUUAUUGAGCUGAGCAUUGGAUCAAGUGGUUUUACUGAUGACUGAUGUGCAAACCUACUGACACCAAAUUCUAGUGGCCCUGAAUAUUUUAAUCUCGCAUGUGACACAUAUUCAUAUGAAAGACUCUGACACUGUAUCAUCAACAGUGGUAGGAGUCUAGCAGAUUUUUUGGCAUAGUUGACACUACAUGACAGACAUAAAUGCUCACACACAAUCCAUCAGCUGUUUUUGACUCUAUAACUGGAAAUUUGCCUCAACACGAGAGCACCAGAGGUGUCAAGUAGAGUUAGUCCUGACUGAUUAGUUGUGUGUUACUAUAAUGUACAGUCAUACAUAUUAGAAUAAGUGCAUUUGUGAAUGCUGUCAGUAUCAGUGCAUCUGCAGUCCAAAGCAUCAAGAAGCCUGAGAGAGACAGAGAACAGGCUGCUGUCUGUCCUCCACAGUGUGCUGUCCCACCUCCAUUCUCAGCCCAUAUGACCUUAUAAACACAUACUUACUCCUAAUCUGUGAUUAUACAUAGGCAUAACUAUAUAUUGUGAAGUUAAAUUAGUUAGCAUUAAUCAAAAGUAUUGUCAUAUAUAUUAUGAACUUAUGAGGCCUAACAAAUAACAUAAAUCAGUAACUGAGAAUUCAGAGCAAAAGUCUCACAGCGUUUUUAAUUUGUAUUCACAUGCUUGCCAGGCAUGGUUGAAAAAUUCGGUCACAUUUUUUGAUGCACAUUCACUUCAGAUCUUUGUGAAACAAUUAACAUAAUAUGGUCGGUAAGCAUGAUUGUCAUACAGCUAAUAAAUUUCAUUUAAGAAUUGCACAUAUGAGCAAACAGAAUAUUGUGACCAACAUACUAAAUUCCAGAAGGGGGUGCUGUAGUAAUGUUGUUUUUGUAUUAUUUGUAUUCUUUUACAUAGUACAAAAAUCCCAUUUUAUGAUUUUGACAUGUGUCUACACCUAGAUGAAUAGUCUCACAUUCCCAUGUUGUUUUUUUCUGUAGACAGUCUUUUUUCUUUUCUCUUUUUUUCCCCUUUCAGUCUGAAUUUGUUAUUCUUUUAAUGACUGCACCAUUGCACUAAGAGGAUCUAACAGUUCCUUGAAACCUUUUUUCUGUAAACACUACAGCUUUUUUUCUUCUUUAAAUUAGUGUUCAUGUACUAACCAUGAGAACAAUUAUUGUAAUUUGUACACACACUCUGCCUGAUGAGAACUAUAGAGCUGAAAGGUGUGUUGGGCAUUUCUUAUUUAUGAUCUGAAGGAUUAUGCUGAAGUCACCAUUACAUGACAUUUGUCAUGACAUUUGACUUGAAUAUGAUACAGCUGUGGUCAUAUAAAAUGUACUAAUCACAUGUAUGUUUUUGUAUUUAACUGCUGUGUGUUAAAGGUCAGUUUAGGACUUUAGGCACCACUUAUUAUUGUUGUUAUUUUUAUUAAGAAUAAAAACCCUUUUAUUAAAAAAAAACAAAACACCUCUUUAAUAUACCAUUGGAUCAAUGCACCAAGAGUGCCUGAUUAUGUAUUAUUUAAGAAUAUUUUGCCACAUUUUAUUCCCUUCAAUAUUUUUCACUUGCAUGUCUAGCUGGUUUGCAGCAUCACUGUAGUAAAUGGACAGUUGUGAACUGCUGGUCAUUAUGAUUUGUUGGGGGGGGGGACUGUACUGUGAUUAGCAAUCUGUUCUGACACAACUGAUUUAAAGAAUCGGGCAAUUGUUGCUUAAUAAACUUGUAUGAGGUCCAAAAGUACAAGACUUGGAGUGAAAACUACUGCUCUGUAUGGUGAAUGAAUGUCUCCUGCAAAAACAUAGUGAACAAAGUUUGCAUAGUUCAAAAGGUAUGUGGUGUCACUGAAGAGGAAGGGCUACAAGACUGGGUUCUGGGUUUAUGCUGCUGUAAUGCGUACUACUCUGUGAUUAUUGGUGUGAAAGUUUACAGUGAUUAGAAAAAGAUAUCAUUGUCCUGUAUUGGUAUAAAUAAUGUCACAAGAUAUGUAUGAUUGUUUUAUUCUGCUUUACACUCCAAAAUGAGAUGGCAUGAGAUGAAACGUCUUGGUGUCUCAAUCCAGGCGCAGAGGUGCCUUUGUCCUAAACUGUACGCUUUAAUGUUAUAAGUACUGAUACCAAUCUUAUUUAUGCCAAGAACAUUGAGACCAGAAUGAGGCUUUUCUUUGAGUUUGUUUGCAAAUGAUAAGUUUGUUACAAGGCAUGAAGACAAUAUAAAAAUAAGAAAACAAU